UGCAUCGUUGGGCUUGUCUGGCCUGAAUACCAGUUGGGAGAUCUCUGGAGGCUACAACGCCUAAUUUAGAUCCUUUAAGAUAUUAAACCAGCCCGUCCCCACCUUAGUAGCCUACAUAAAUCAACCUUCUAUCCCCUCUGCAAUCAAAUUUGUCCGUACAGACCUUUUGCCAUUCUGCAACCAAUUCAUCAUGUCUGAGAAACAGAACAACGACCUAGAGCAACAGGCUGCCCAGCCCGUGGCCACCACGGAGUGGUCAAACUCAUUCUGGGAUUGCUGCUCCCCCACAGAUACAUGCCUUAUUGGAUGGUGUGGGCCAUGCUGUCUCUUCGGCAAGACCCAAUCUCGACUCGAGGACCCUGCUCUGAAAGAGCACAGCUACGUCAACGGUCACUGCUGCUUGUACGCCCUCCUCAGUUACUGCGGUUUCUACUGGGUCCUCCUUAUGAUCAAACGGGGUGAACUGCGGAAACGUUUCGGGAUCGAAGGAUCGGGCCUCCAGGACUGCUUCGAAUCAUACUGCUGCCCUUGCUGCACUCUCGUACAGCAGGAGAAGGAAGUCGAGGCGCGUUCGAACAAUCCCCAGGGAGGUUACCAGGCUCCUGCGGGAAUGACUUAUCCUCAGUGAUGAUUUUGGAGGACGUGGUUUCUUAUUGGUUUCUUUCUUUCUUCUUAUAUAUCCCUUUAGUUAAAACAAUUA